AUGAAGGUCCUUGUUGUGCUCGUACUUGCCGUUUUCACUGGCUGCAAUGCCAACAUAUUCUAUGCUGAUGCACCCAAGCCACAGAUUGAAUUGCUGACUGAAGCCUUCCAUGACUAUGUUGCAACGGCAAAAGAGACAGCUAAAGACACCCUCCAGAUGAUCAAUAAAUCACAGUUUGGCAAGCAUGUCAAUAACCGUCUGGGAGAAGGGUUCAUGGUGGCCUUCUAUUUUGCCUCCGCCGUGCACAAGCAGCUUCCCCCUGCAACUAAAGACAUGAUCCACAAAGUCAACAGAGAGACCAGGCGUGUGGAAAGGGAGCUGACCCCUGUCCUGAAGCAAUACACCGACAACAUGGAGGCCCAGAUCCAGCAGAGAGUGGAGCAGCUCAAACAGGAGCUGGCCCCCUAUGCUGAGUCCCUUGACACCGAGGCCCUGAGAGCCGCCCUGGAGCAGAAGAGCGAGGAGCUGAAGCAGAGUGUGAAGGACCUGCAGGUUCAGCUCGGGCCCUACACCGAUGACCUGAAGCUGAAGGUGGACCAGCACCUGCAGGACUUCCAGGAGCGCAUGGCCCCGGUGACCGAGAAGGUUCACCGUCAGCUGAUUCAGAGAGCCAAUCAGGUGCAAAAGAUGGCCGCCCCAUACGUUGAGGAUCUGAAAGUAAAGCUGGACCCCUACGCUCAGGUCCUCCAGGCCCGCCUCACCUCCCUCUACGAGGGCUACGCCAAAUCAACAUAAGUCAACCUCCCCCUCACCUUAAAGGGAAAGAAACUGCAUCAACAGAAACACAAUAAUCUGACCCCAGCACACAAAAUGAACAAAACGACAACACAAGCUAACCAGUUAUAAAUGUUUUAAGUAUAUGAAGUACAUUAUGUUAAACAUAUAAAUACAUCAUAUUAAGUGUUGUCUCUUCCUAUUUUAUGGAUAUAAUGUUAACAUUUGAAACAUAAACUUGCAAGCCCGCCUCCUCACCCACACCCGCUCCCGAGACCACAUCACUCCCGUCCUCCAGAACCUCCACUGGCUCCCCGUCCGUCAAAGAAUCAACUUCAAAGUCCUCCUGAUUACUCACAAAGCCCUCAACA